UAUAUUUUUGGGGAGUUCAGCCCUGAUGAAUUUAAUCAGUUCUUUGUGACUCCACGAUGCUCUGUUGAGCUCCCCCCAUACAAUGAUACAGUUUCAUGUGGUAUUAAGUCCACAGGGGAAGAAUACCAGACGAUUGAAUUCGGCGUCAACGAAGUUAUUGAGACCCAGUCCUCUGUCCUAAACAACACCGACUACAGUAUUUCAAGCACCCUGAAUCCUCAGGCUCCAGAAUUCAUUCUCAGCUGCACGCCUGCUCAGAAGGCCCCUGAUGAUACCCUCAGCGAGACAAACUACAACUCCAUCGACUGCCAGUUCGCCGACCCAGCCCUCGCUCUGGACAGCGGCUCCAACGCCGACAACGACGGCUUGUCUGGAGGCCUGGGGCAAAGGGAACGCAAAAAGAAGAAAAAAAGGCCCCCCGGCUACUACAGCUACUUGGAAGACGUGGGGGAUGGGGUGGCUCCUCCCACGGAGGCCCUGGUGAACGGCCACACCAACGCCUCGGGGCCGAACAGCGUGAGCGCGGAGGAGGCGGAGCUGACGGGGGACGGCCCCUCCCCGGCCACCCCCAGGACUUGCAACAGCCCGGAGAACUCUGUGGACUUCGUUAACGAAGCUGGCUCUGAUGAGUCUGCUUCUAGCCCACUAGACAGUGCCAGGACUGCAGGGCAGCCUGAGGUAUGCCGCGUUACUAAUUCUGAACAGUUUUGCAUCCCCUCAGAGACUGGCAGAGAUAGCCCUUUAAGGACAGCUGUUGUACAGUCUUAUGCUGGUACUGAUACUACUGAAAAUCUUGGCGUUGCUAAUGGACAAACACUUGAAUCCUCUGGUGAGGACACAGCUGCCAAUGGGGUAGAAUUGCACACUGUGGAAAGCACUGACUCAGACCGAGCUAAGCCUGAGGAAGCUUCACCUACUACUGAGGCAACAGUCCCGGUUGCAGGAUCAGUCCCUGUUAAUCAGCCUGCAAAAUCGUGGGCUAGUCUUUUUCACAAUUCCAAGCCCUCUGCUUCCACAUCUGUGGUCUAUGUUGAGACUAAGUAUACCCCUCCUGCCACAUCUCCUCUGGUCCCUGAAAAACAGGUUGAAGUCAAAGAGGGACCUGUUCCAGUUUCAGAGGAUCCCGUAGCCAUAAAGAUUGCAGAAAUACUGGAAAAUGUAAGAUUAAUACAUAAACCAGUGUCUUUGCAACCACGAGGGCUGAUCAACAAAGGAAACUGGUGCUACAUCAAUGCUACCCUGCAAGCCUUGGUUGCUUGCCCUCCAAUGUAUCAUUUAAUGAAGUCCAUUCCAAUGUAUUCAAAAUCGCAGCGGCCGUGUACCUCAACACCAAUGCUAGACAGUUUUGUUCGUUUAAUGAAUGAAUUCACUAAUAUGCCUGUACCUCCUAAAGCAAAACAAGCUUUAGGUGAUAAAAUUGUGAGAGACAUCCGACCAGGAGCUGCCUUUGAACCUACCUACAUUUACAGACUCCUGACGGUUAUAAAGUCAAGUCUGUCAGAAAAGGGCAGGCAAGAGGAUGCUGAAGAAUACUUGGGAUUUAUCCUUAAUGGACUUCAUGAAGAAAUGUUGACCCUAAAGAAACUUCUCUCUCCACAUAAUGAAAAACUCUCAGUGUCCAAUGGCCCUGAGGCUCAGACUGUUCAUGAGGAAGAGGAGCAAGAUGAGCAAGGGGAAGGCAGCGAAGAUGAGUGGGAGCAAGUGGGACCCCGCAACAAAUCAUCGGUCACUCGACAGGCUGACUUUGUUCAGACUCCCAUUACUGAUAUUUUUGGUGGUCACAUAAGAUCUGUUGUUUACCAACAGAGCUCUAAGGAGUCUGCGACGCUGCAGCCGUUCUUCACCCUGCAGCUGGACAUCCAGUCGGACAAGAUACGCACCGUUCAGGAUGCCUUGGAGAGCCUGGUGGCAAGAGAGUCUGUCCAGGGCUAUACCACCAAAACCAAGCAAGAGGUGGAGAUCAGUCGAAGAGUGACACUAGAAGAACUCCCCCCUGUUCUUGUUUUACACCUCAAGCGGUUUGUAUACGAGAAGACUGGUGGAUGUCAGAAGCUUAUCAAGAAUAUUGAGUAUCCUGUUGAUCUGGAAAUUAGUAAAGAGCUACUAUCUCCUGGUGUGAAAAGUAAAAUUUUUAAAGGCCAAAGAACCUACCGGCUCUUUGCAGUUGUGUACCACCACGGGAACAGCGCCACGGGCGGGCACUACACCACAGACGUCUUCCAGAUCGGGCUGAACGGCUGGCUGCGCAUCGACGACCAGGCCGUGAAGGUCACCAGCCAGUACCAGGUGGUGAAGCCCUCGGCCGAGCGCACAGCCUACCUCCUGUACUACCGCCGGGUGGACCUGCUCUGA